CACUUCGCCAUUUCAGGCUCAGGGGGGCUGAGCUUCAACUCCUGCGAGCGAGGGAAUUAGGUCAACCCCAGCCGAGGCGCCACUCUGGCACUUUCUUGUUCGUAAACACCGCGUAACUGUGUUUUUGCCGCCUAAGAAAGGCUCUGCGAACUUGUUCCGAUGCUGGUUAUUCUGCUGGCCCGAAUGAUUUUUCCCAGCGUGGGCCCGGGCUGAACUGUCAUCUCGGUUGUCGGAUUUUCCUGCUAGCAAGCUAGCUGAUUGUAAACAAGGAUGAAGAGGAUAAAAGGCGCCAAGGAGGAGGGUAACGACUCCCCCAGUAAGAGCCCGCCCGAAGCUCGCAAGAAAAUUCGGAAGCAGUCGGAGCAGUUGGAGGACGACGGCUCGCUGGACUCCAAGUGGGCUCGGCUGCCCCAGGAGCUGCUUCUGCACAUCUUCCAGUACCUCCCGCUGCUGGACCGGGCCUUCGCCUCUCAGGUGUGCCGCGGGUGGAACCAGGCCUUCCACAUGCCCGAGCUGUGGCGCUGCUUCGAGUUUGAGCUCAACCAGCCGGCCAGCUCUUAUCUGAAAGCCACGCACCCGGACCUGAUCAAGCAGAUCAUUAAGAGGCACUCCAACCACUUGCAAUAUGUCAGCUUCAAGGUGGACAGCAGCACAGAGUCUGCAGAGGCGGCAUGUGACAUUCUUUCACAGCUGGUCAACUGCUCACUGAAGACCUUAGGGCUUAUUUCAACAGCCAGGCCCAGUUUCAUGGAGGUCCCGAAGUCUCACUUCAUCUCAGCGUUGACGGUGGUGUUCGUCAAUUCCAAGUCGCUGUCGUCGCUGAAGAUUGACGAUACGCCAGUGGAUGACCCCUCGCUCAAGGUGCUGGUGGCCAACAAUAGCGACACGCUCAAGCUGCUCAAGAUGAGCAGCUGCCCUCACGUCUCGCCAGCAGGGAUCCUGUGCGUGGCGGACCAGUGUCACGGCCUGCGAGAACUGGCGUUGAACUACCACCUGCUGAGCGAUGAGCUCCUGCUGGCCCUUUCCUCGGAGAAGCACGUGCACCUGGAGCACCUGCGCAUCGACGUCGUGAGCGAGAACCCCGGCCAGCACUUCCACAGCAUCAAGAAGAGCAGCUGGGACGCCAUGGUCCGCCACUCCCCGAAGUUCAACCUCGUCAUGUACUUCUUCCUGUACGAGGAUGAGUUCGGGCCGUUCUUCAACGACGAGAUUCCCGUCACGCACCUCUACUUCGGCCGCUCUGUCAGCAAGGAGGUGCUGGGUCGAGUGGGCCUGCACUGCCCGCGUCUGGUGGAGCUGGUGGUGUGCGCCAACGGCCUACGCCCGCUGGACGAAGAACUGAUCCGCAUCGCCAAGCGCUGCACGCAGUUGUCGGCCAUCGGCCUAGGUGAAUGCGAGGUGUCCUGCAGCGCCUUCGUGGAGUUUGUCAAGAUGUGCGGCCGUCGCCUGUCGCAGCUCUCCAUCAUGGAGGAGGUGCUCAUCCCCGACCGCAAGUACUCCCUGGACGAGAUCCACUGGGAGGUGUCCAAGCACCUGGGCCGGGUUUGGUUCCCGGACAUGAUGCCCACCUGGUAAAGCGGACCCUCGAGUCACAAUAAGAACACUACAAAAUGUUUGGUCACAGACACGUCCGGCGCAAGGCAAUUUUCCUCAAGAGACGGACGCUCAAUUGCACUAGCAUUUAAAACGACAAGGCAUUGGGAAUGAAUUGGCUAACGAUGGCCGCCGCAAAUGGAAUCAAAGUGUAUAUACGUACGUGAGUAUCUGUCACGUGAAAAUAUACAUAGUCUAUUUUGAUUUUGUUUUUAUCUUUGGCUUUUGGUGUUUUUUUUGCGCGGUUUGAUUUUCCCAUAAGCACCUUACGUCAAUACCAAAAUGAGUUUAGUCAGAUGGGUGAUUCUCAUGGAGCUAAGCUAAUCUUUCAAGAUUUUAGUGAUAGUCAUUUUUUUAAAACUGAUUUUGGGGUCAGAAAUUCAUUACUGGAAUGCGUCCAUGAAAAGCUUUGAUGCUUUCAUUUCAAUAUUCAGUCAGUUUAAUAAUAAAAUACAUACAUUUGUUUGAAACUAUAAUUGAGAAGAUUAUGAUCAUCUGUAAUAAUGAAUAAUUUGUUUAAAAAUUUGAAGGGAAAGCAUGCAGCUUUAAUUACCGUUGCAAUGUGUUCCCGUCAUAACCAGUUAAAAAAAAAAAAAAAAAAAAUUGUAAAGUUAUUCUGACCUAUAUUGCACCACAGAUAAAGCAAAACAAAAGAUGGCUACCAGGUAAGAUUCUUUUUUGAUAGUUUGUUUUUAUUUAUGUCUACUCCCCACCAUAGAUGAUCAUUACCAUAAUGUGUAAUAGAGCUGCAGCUAUCGAUUAUUUAAGUAAUCAUUUAAUCUAUCAAUUAAUUAGUUUGAAUAACUGAGUAAUCAGAUUAGAAACAUUUAAUGCGUUGCAGAAUAAAUUUUAGCAGAUGUAAGACAAAGGCUUGCUUAGGAGCAUUAAAUGCGAACACUAAAAUUAAAAUACGUUUUUUCAAACUACGCUAACUGAUAAAUGCAUUUAAAAAUGCUUGAUCUUGGCCUCAAAUGGUAUAAAAAUAUUCAUAAGUGAGGAUUGAGGUACAACAAAAGAACUUUGGCUAAUUUGCAGGGCAAAAUUCCGCUAGUUUAAAUGCUAUAAAAUCCUAACUUUUUUUUUUUUUUUUUUUUUUUAAACAAUGUUCUUAACAAAUUGUUCAAACACAUAUUACCACAAAAAAUCAAAACAAAAACAAAAAAAACGACUCCUAAACUAAAUAAUUAAUGCUCAAUAAUAAUUAGCUCCAACCUUAUGUUGUCCUUAACACGGGGCAGCUGGAUUCAGCCAUGUUAGACAAGUUAUGGCAUAUUCACUGUUGCCAAUCGAGGGCAGCGUAUACACUCAAAUCAAUAAAUGCAAACACUUUCAAAACAAAGCCACAACACCACUCUAAGCAAAUGUUGAUUCGAAGCUUUUUUCUAAUAGAAGCACUCACGUUAAUCGAUUAAUCGUCGCAGCACUAGAAUUUUUAAAAAAAAAAUUUAACUAUGAAGAUUUUAUGGAUAUAGUCAUUUUUUAAACAAAUUUUUGUCAGUAAUUCAUUACUGUAAUGUGUCCAUGAAAGGCUUUGAUGUUUUAUCUCAAUAUUCAAUUAAUUUCAUUAAAAAAAAAAAAAGUUUAAAACUAUAUAAUUUAGUCGGAAUAUGUUUGAUAAGCUAUAUUAAUGAUUACUUUGUAUAAAAAAAAAAAUAUUGAAGGAAAAGCGAGUGUCCAAACAUGCAGCUUUCAUUACUGUUGCACUGAGUUCAUAAUCGUUUUUUUUUUUUUAAAUAAAGUUAUUCUGGCCCAUAAUGCACCACAAAUCAAAACAAAAGAUGGCAACAAUAUUGUUUAGCCUUUUUUGAUAGUUAAUUUUAUUUUUACAUAUGCCUACUUCUCAAUCAUAGGUGAGAAUUACCACAAUGUGUAAUAUUACGUGUUUAUAGACAGGUACUUUACUGUAAAUGAUAUAUUAAGGAGCUCAAACUUGAUGGGAAAAAAAUUACCGAGUCAUCCUAGCAUUUUGCUAUUUUAAACUAGCUUCAUUACCAUAAUGCAUCGCUUUCAUGAGAAUCACCCGGCGGUAAAUUUGUAUAUUUAGGACUGGCGUAGUAUCCGACCUUCGUAGGAUCGCUUCAGCCGCGCGCUAUCGUGGUCGCUCAGGUGCGUUUUGUAAAAAAGAAAACCCCAAAAAAACGUUCAUUCUUCGUUUCAUCUGUACAUUCUUCACGCCCCUGAAGUGCGGCCGCGCUAGAACGCUCCUAUUGUCAAGUGGAUCAGAUGAGUGAAUUUUUUUGUUUUCCUUUAAGAAGGAAGUCGGAAGAAUUUGUAUAUAAAACGCUGUGUGUUUGAUUGUGAUGAUAUAGAAAUGUUUGUAUUUCUUGAAAUUCACCCUGUCGGGGUUCCUUUGCUGACAUCUGCCACGUUUCCAUUGCACGGCAUUUGCUUCGCUCCGUUUUUCACGGUUAACGUUAUACAUCUGGAAUCUAGAAAUGGCUAACUGCGUUAAAAAUGUAACUCAGAACAACUCGAAAUAAGGAAUAAAAUGUGGAAUACAACUGUAACGAGGGUUAGGAUCAAUUAGAUCAAUUAGAAUGUUUUGCAACGCCAUGUUACGAUACGAUUUGCGAUACAAGACUCACGAUUUCACAAUAUGGCGAUACAAUAAUUAGCGUUACACGGGUCAGGAAAUCAAUCUACGAUUUACUACAAUAUAAUUCCUAGCUGAGUUUAUGUUCGCGCAUGUGGUGAUUUCAGUUGAGUUCCAGCUGAUAACCACACAGAAUUCGUCUCGCACGCUUGGAACUAGGGCUGCAGCUAUCGAUUAUUUUAGUGGUCGAUUAAUCGAUGAAAUAGUUAUUUCGAAUAAUCGAGUAGUCAGAUAAGGAACAUGAAAAAUACCUGACCUGAGGCUCAAACGGUAUAAAAGAAAUAAAUAUAUGAGGAUAUAUGUACAACAAAAGAACAAUUGGCUAACUUAUAGCAAAAGUCUGCUAGCUUAAAUGCUAUAAAAUGCUAAUUUCUUUUUUAAUACAAUGCUCUUAACAAAUACAUCAAACACAUAUUCCCACAAAAAACGGCUAAAUAUACCUCUAAACAAAAUUACAAAUGCAUUAAAAAAAAAAACUUAGUUUAUGUUGGUUUUAACAGGGAGCAGCUGGAUUCAGCCAUGGGAAAUGAGGCAGACUAGAGGGCAGUGUAUCCACCCAAAUCAAUAAAACUAAAUGCGAACACUUUCACAACAAACCAUUACAACGCCACUUUAAUUAAACGAAUACUGGAAGCAGCAAAAUUUAAUUCGAAUAUUAUUUUCUAAUCGAAUACUCGAGUUAAUCAAAUAAUCGUUUCAGCACUACUUGGAACUAACCAAGUGUUUACAACUAGUAGAUGAAGGAGCAGAAGUGGUGAUUAACUACCGUGCAGUGGAAAAGGGAAAUUAAUAACGGCUCUUUUCAGUUGUGUCAACACUAGACGAGCUGUAACUUAUUGACAUGAAUUUUGGAAUGUAAUGUGUUCGCUCCCAUUAUUUGACAAGCGACAGCAGUACUAAUAAUCAUAAAAAAAUAUUACAAUGACCACAAAAAACACACACAAAAAAAAAACAAAAAACUAGCACACUAUAUAUCUAUAAAGGGGGUCCUCGGUUUGCAGCUAUUGGUUAUUUAGGUAAUCUUUUAAUUCUGUUGAUUUAGUUCGACUAAUUGGACAUUUCAUGCCUUGCAGAGUAAAUUUCAGGAGAUGUAAAAGGAAAGACGCAAGUGUUUAUGCCUGCAAAAAUAUUUUGGCUUGCUAAAGUAGCACUUUCAAAAUAGCAUUAAACAGAAAAUUCCUGAGUGUUUCUUCAGACUAUGCAGAAUUGCACUGUCAGUAAAGAAUUAAAAUAUCUGAGCUUCGGCUUAAACUGUAUAAGAAAUUAAUAAAUGAGGACUUGGGUACAACAAAAGGACAAUUGGCCAUAGACUUCAUAAUGUAUUCACGGGGCGCGAGGCCGAUAAAUAGGGGGCCUGCGUCGUUGGCGAAGCCGUCAAAGCUGACCGAGCGGGAUCGCAGACAAAGAGCUAUUUUCGUUGGAAAAUUCUUGAGAAUAAAUGCUUAAAUCCCUGAAUUCUUUCUAGAUACGGACGUAAAACAGUCUCGAUUCUGGGUUAAAAGCAAAAAAAAAAACGUGCAAUUAGCAUUUAUUUUACGUAAAUAUGUCAAAGUACAAAUCUAGUCUGUUAGUAAAUGUAGCUAGCAGUCGCCUGAUAUAAAUAGAUCUUUUCCGGUGAAAAUUCUUGUGAAUAAAUGCUUAAAUCCCCAAAUUCUUUAUAGAUAUGGACGUAAAACAGUCUUGAUUCUUGGUUAAAAGCAAAUAAAAACGUGCAGUUAGCAUUUAUUUUAUGUAAAUAUGUCGAAGUACAAUGCUAGUCUGUUGUAAAUGCUAGUCUGUAAAUGUAGCUAGCGGCUGCCUGAUGUAAACUCAGCUUUUCUGGUGAAAAGUCUUGUGAAAAUUUGCCUAAAUCCCCAAAUUCUUCAUAGAUAUGGACAUAAAACAGUCUUACUUCUUGGUUAAAAGCAAACCCCCCCC